AUAAUAUUAUAUUGUUAAAAAAUGUUCGACUUCAAUAAUCCCAUGAAGUUCAUCUUCAACAACUCAUACGGGUUCCUCUUCGGGGAUCCUCAGAGUGCGAGAGCGAAGAUCCCAGAUUCCAUGAACUACUACAUGUUCACGACAUUGUUCAGGGAUUAUAUCCAAUGGCAUGAGAAGAACCAUCAUUUCCAUGAGAAUUAUGACAAUGAAAAGAGAUACUUGAAUGUACUGGGGUAUUUUAGAUACUUCUGGAUGAGUUCUGGUAUCCUGUUCGCAGGAAUGAUCCUCAACCCUAAUUAUACUAAGCCCAAGUCUUUCUACUUCAGAAAAUUCAAUGUGGUGUUUUGCGCCUGGAUCGGCUACUGCUUUGGAAACAAAAAUUACUUAAAUUAUGAGCAUAGUUUGUAUCUCCGUAUGAAUGAUUACUUCCCAAUGGAGGUAAAGAGGGCUCUCAGGACUGAGGAUUAUAGAUACCUAGCACUUUUCGACUAUAAGAACCCAGGCAGGCAACUUUUUGACACCCAAACCGGUAAAUCUCUCUCAUAA